GCGCUCUGCUUGUGCGUCACUUCCGGUAAGUCUAUCGGCGACAACGGCAACAUGGCUCUGAACGGCGCUGAAGUCGACGAUUUCUCCUGGGAGCCCCCGACUGAAGCGGAGAUGAAGGUGCUGCAAGCGCGGCGGGAGCGGCAGGAUCGCAUCUCCCGGCUCAUGGGCGACUACCUGCUGCGUGGUUACCGCAUGCUGGGCGAGACGUGCGCGGACUGCGGGACGAUCCUCCUCCAAGACAAACAGCGGAAAAUCUACUGCGUGGCUUGUCAGGAGCUCGAUUCAGACGUGGAUAAAGAUAAUCCGGCUCUGAAUGCCCAGGCUGCCCUCUCCCAAGCUCGGGAGCACCAGCUCGCCUCUGCUUCGGAGCCCCCGUUAGGCUCUCGGCCAGCCCCUCAGCCCCCAGUCCCCCGUCCAGAGCACUGUGAGGGAGCUGCAGCAGGGCUCAAGGCAGUCCAGGGGCCGCCCCCUCCUGCUGUGCCUCCAAAUGCUGAAGUUGUGGCCUGCACACGGGAGGCUCUCCUGCAGAAGCUGGCCUGGGCCUCAGCUGAGCUGGGCUCUAGCACCUCCCUGGAGACGAGCAUCCAGCUGUGUAGCCUUAUCCGGGCUUGUGCUGAAGCCCUGCGCAGCCUGCAGCAGCUACAACCCUAAAAGACCCCUCCUGAGAAGAAUCCUCUAGAAAAACA